GUACGUUGUAAUAGCAUCAAGUCUUUGUAAAGCCAUUCGCUAAGAGGUACGAAGCACGAAGAAGAUCGGGGCAUCGUUCAGGCUGGACAACCGCCAUGCUCCCGAACUGGCCACGACUCUGUCCCCUUCGAUUAAUCCCAGAGGGCAUUAACUCAACGUCACAAUCCCGCGCCAUCGAUCAGAUCACGACUGCACCCCACGCGGACGCAAGGUCUCAAGAGUUUCGAUCACAAGGGCCGCAACCCAAGCGGCCACACCACAAUAACCUCUCAUGUGGGUGGUCAGAAGCAGGCACGAUAUGUCGACACAUCAGAGCAGUGAGACGUCAAAGGACGGGGUCAGGCCGACUUGUCAUGAUUGGCUCGUGGCCCACGGGGCAUAUCAAGCCGAAGCAGGAUAGCGUGGGUGUCCUGUCUCUCCAGGACGGGAUACAAUUCGAUUCGAUUCGUCCCGUUAACUCUGUAUUCUUGCUACCCCUCUCCACAUGGUCCUUUCCUUUUGAUCUCCCCCCGCGUCACGGUGGCCCCUUGUCGACUCGAGGGGACGGGGAGGUCCUUCUGUUAUAACCACCUCGAUCGAAUGAAACGUGGUCUUGGAGUGGACGACUCGAUCCCCCCCCCCCACCCUGCAUAGU